GGCCCCACAGGAUCUUGCCCUCAAAGAUGACAUAUCACCUCUCCAAAAUGCAUUCCAAGCAAGGGAACCACUUCUCCCCAUGUGACAUUGAGGAUCCUCAGGCUGCCUGCUGCUGGGACUCAGCUCCACUCUUCCACCAAAGCACCACUCAACUCUCUAGAUGUAAACCUUGGACUUCCAGUACUAUGUUGAGAAGAAGUGGCCAGAGUGGGCAUCCUUUCCUUGUAUUGGAUCUUAAAAGGGAAAACUUUCAGUUUUUCUCCAUUGAGUAUGAUGUUAGCUGUGAGCUUUUCAUAUAUGGCCUUUAUUAUGUUGAGAUCCCAGAAUCGUUAAGAUAUACUACAUGGCAGAGACUGGGAAAAGGCAACUCUAGACAGAUAUUAGAUGUUACCAGGGCUCUCCAGGGCCGGCCACUACCAGAAAAGAGGACAUGUUGGCAUGGUCAUGCAGGAGGAGGACUCCACACAGACCCAAAAGAAGGGUUAAAAGAUGUUGAUACUCGGAAAAUCAUAAAAGCAAUGCUUUCUUAUGUGUGGCCCAAAGACAGGCCAGAUCUACGAGCUAGGGUUGCCAUUUCCCUGGGAUUUUUGGGUGGUGCAAAGGCCAUGAAUAUUGUGGUUCCCUUCAUGUUUAAAUAUGCUGUAGACAGCCUCAACCAGAUGUCAGGAAACAUGCUGAACCUAAGUGAUGCACCAAAUACAGUUGCAACCAUGGCAACGGCAGUUCUGAUUGGCUAUGGUGUAUCAAGAGCUGGAGCUGCCUUUUUUAAUGAAGUUCGAAAUGCAGUAUUUGGCAAGGUAGCACAAAAUUCAAUCCGAAGAAUAGCCAGAAAUGUCUUUCUCCAUCUUCACAACCUGGAUCUGGCUUUCCACCUGAGUAGACAGACAGGAGCUUUAUCAAAGGCUAUUGACAGAGGGACAAGGGGUAUCAGUUUUGUCCUGAGUGCUUUAGUAUUUAAUCUUCUUCCCAUCAUGUUUGAGGUGACUCUUGUCAGUGGUAUUUUGUAUUAUAGAUGUGGUGCCCAGUUUGCUUUGGUAACCCUUGGGACACUUGGUGCAUACACAGCAUUCACAGUUGCUGUUACACGGUGGAGAACUAGAUUUAGAAUAGAAAUGAACAAAGCGGAUAAUGAUGCAGGUAACGCUGCCAUAGACUCACUGCUGAAUUAUGAAACUGUGAAGUAUUUUAAUAAUGAAAACUAUGAAGCACAAAGAUAUGAUAGAUUUCUGAAGACAUAUGAGACUGCUUCAUUGAAAAGUACCUCUACUCUGGCUAUGUUGAACUUUGGUCAAAGUGCUAUUUUCAGUGUUGGUUUAACGGCUAUUAUGGUGCUCGCCAGUCAGGGCAUUGUAGCAGGUACCCUUACCGUUGGAGAUCUAGUAAUGGUGAAUGGACUGCUUUUUCAACUUUCAUUACCCCUUAACUUUCUGGGAACUGUGUAUAGAGAAACUAGACAAGCACUCAUAGAUAUGAACACCUUGUUUACUCUACUCAAGGUAGACACUCGAAUUAAAGACAAAGCAAUGGCAUCUCCCAUUCAGAUCACACCACAGACAGCUUCGGUGGCCUUUGAUAAUGUGCAUUUUGAAUACAUUGAGGGGCAGAAAGUCCUUAGUGGAAUAUCUUUUGAAGUCCCUGCAGGAAAGAAAGUGGCCAUUGUAGGAGGUAGUGGGUCAGGGAAAAGCACAAUAGUAAGGCUGUUGUUCCGCUUCUAUGAGCCUCAGAAGGGUAACAUUUACCUUGCUGGUCAAAAUAUACAAGAUGUGAGCCUGGAAAGCCUUCGGAGGGCAGUGGGAGUGGUACCUCAGGAUGCUGUCCUAUUCCAUAAUACUAUUUACUACAACCUCUUAUAUGGAAACAUCCAUGCUUCACCUGAGGAGGUAUAUGCGGUGGCAAAAUUAGCUGGACUCCAUGAUGCAAUUCUUCGAAUGCCACAUGGAUAUGACACACAAGUAGGGGAACGAGGACUCAAACUUUCAGGAGGAGAAAAGCAAAGAGUAGCAAUUGCAAGAGCCAUUUUGAAGAACCCCCCAAUCAUUCUCUAUGAUGAAGCCACUUCAUCAUUAGAUUCAAUUACUGAAGAGACUAUUCUUGGUGCCAUGAAGGAUGCAGUCAAACAUAGAACUUCUAUUUUCAUUGCACACAGAUUGUCAACAGUGGUUGAUGCAGAUGAAAUCAUUGUCUUGGAUCAGGGUAAGAUAGCUGAACGUGGUACCCACCAUGGCUUGCUUGCAAACCCUGGCAGUAUCUAUUCAGAAAUGUGGCAUACACAGAGUAGCCGUGUGCAGAACCAUGGUAACCCCACAUGGGAUGCAAAGAAAGAAAAUGUGUCCAAAGAGGAGGAAAGGAAGAAACUACAAGAAGAAAUUGUCAACAGUGUAAAAGGCUGUGGAAACUGUUCCUGCUAAGUUGUAUGAGACAUUUUUUUUUACACAUUUGCACUGAAGCAGAAUUGUUUUAUUAAAAAAAAAUCAUACAUUCCCAUUUUCUAUAAUCCUUCUUUUAGGUGAGAUUUAUUUGAAAAGGAGUUUGAGUUUUACAUCUUUCACAAUAUUUAAUGUGAGGUCUGUAUUUAGCCCCAGAUUAUUUUCUUGUUACUGCCUUAGUUGUGCCCUAAGCAUAGUUUUUGUUACCAUUUCACUUUUCCCCAUUUCUAUUUUUGAGGCCUGAUAGCCAUUUGAUAUCUAUAACCAGAUUAAUUAUACUGGAUUCCAAAUUUUAAUAGUUUUUUAAAUCUGCUUUAUGUUGACAAUUGAGAUGGAAAGUAUCCAUUUCUUUAAAAAUAAAGGACAGUAAAAAUUCAUUGUUUCUCCUCCUCUCUCCCCACUCACAUACUUUAAUAAUAGCAAUUCUUUCGUUUUUUUAAAGCAUUUGCAAUUGUAUAUCUUUUGGAGGAAAAGCCUUAAUUUUCAUGUAUGUAUGUAGAAUGUUCUUCAUCAUUAACCAGCAUCUCUAAUGUUGGGAAUUUUAUUUUUUCAUCAAAAUGAUUUGCUGCUUUUAUUUUGGACCAAAAUUUAUAGUUUUCUCUUUAAACACUUAACACCCUGAUGUAAUUUGACAGUUGUCCUACUGGGAAUGAUCUAAAAAGCUUAAAAAGUUAAUUGUUCUUCUAUUUCCAUCUUAACUAUAGUGCUUUUCCUGUCUGAAGUUAUAUAAAGAAACAACUAAGUGGAAUGUAUGCAUGCAUAUAUAUGUGUGUAUGCACAUGUUCAUAUAUGUAUUUAAAGUAACAACCACUUAAAAAUUAUUAAUGACCUUGAGGUAAAUAAGAGAAGAUUAUAUAUAUAUAUAUAUAUAUACUCUAGAUGAUUGGGACUUUAAUCAGUGUUGACAUGUUAGAAUUUAUUACAAGGUUUUCCCUUUUUCAGUAAUUUAAUGAGUUCAUUUAAGUGUGACAUAACAAGGAAAAGCCCAAACAAAACAAGUUUUACCUGCUAAAUAAUUAAUAAAACGUUGUUAUAUGUUCA